AUGAUUUCAUCAACUAAUGCCACAUUUGGGCUUGCAAAGGACCAAUGUCCAAUAGAAACCGUUCCUAUUAAAAGGACAACUAAAGAAGAUCUCAUCCGUGGCAAAUCAUUUUUUAAUAAUCUUAUAUUUGACGGGAAUCCGAAUAGUCAUGUUGCAUCUAUUUCUCUAAGAACAGUAAAUCCUACAUAUUUUUCUUAUUUUGGAGUUAGUGGAACAAAUAGCAUUUAUAAUGUAAAAGUUGAAAAUGAUCAAUCAAGUUCCUCUGUUAUGUGGGUUCGAAAUGGAGCUAUAGAUAACACUAAUUUUAUCGGCAUUGGAUGGCAUGUGUCACCGGAGUUAUACGGCGAUGAUGAAACUCAUCUCUAUGCACUAUGGACGUCAGAUAAUUUCAAGAAUACCGGAUGCUACAAUUUAUUAUGUUCUGGUUUUGUUCAAACAAGCAAAAGUUAUUACUUAGGUGCACCUUUUGCCAAAACAUCUAUCUAUGGUGGAGAAAUGUUUGAGAUCGCAAUAUCCAUUAUUCAGGAUCCUAUAACAAAAGAUUGGUGGGUGACAAGUGAAAAUGAAAAUCUUGGAUAUUUUCCAGCAUCUUUAUUCUCCAACAUGACAUCUGCUGAUCAAGUCGGGUGGGGCGGUAGAGCAACAACUACUUCGGGCGCUCCUGGUCCUCCAAUGGGUUCAGGAUACUUUCCUGAUGAUAUAUUUGAUCAUGCGAGUUAUUUUAGAUAUAUUACAUAUCAAAAUAACUCUAGAAAAAACUUUUCACCAGACAAAUUUUUGAUACAAAGAUUCACUGACAAACCUCAAUGUUAUAAUGCUAAAUUCUAUGCUAAUCAAGGAAAGGAGAUUGGACCCGCGGCUCUCCAAUUUGGAGGACCUGGUGGUAAUUGUGAUGGUUAGGUCAUAUUAUAAGACUUUUAAAUUUAAAUAAAACUUUAUAUUUAUAUCA